AUGGCCAGAAGGAAAUUACCUGAUAGACCUCCCAAUGGUAUUGGCUUUGGUGACAGACCCAGAUUGGUUCCUAGACCAAUAAAUGUACAGAAUUCCAUUUCUACUUUAUCAAAACCUUUUAAAGUACCGUACAAAACCGCAAAACCUCGAGCUCUGUCGUCUGAGCAUGAAAAGGAAGUUGUGCAAGUCAAUGGGCGAAUAUUGAGAAAGAGAUCACACACUGUAUCCUAUUCAGGACUGGACAUUAGUUCUGCAGCAGCUGAUGUUGAUGAAAAUUCGCUAACCUUUUCACAAUCUACCAAAAGAAGAAAGGAUGCAUUGAGUGCAAGCAGGUUAGCUAACGAUCCGACAAGACUGCAUUCUAUUGAAUUCACGUUGAAACGUUCGUUCACAGUUCCUAUUAAGGGUUAUAUACAAAGACAUAGUCUACCAUUGACCUUAGGUACCAAGAAGAAAAUUAUAAUGGAGCCAAGACCCUUGCAUGAUCCAACUGACGAAUUUGCCAUUGUAUUAUAUGACCCAUCUGUUGAUGGUGAUAUGAUAAUGCAUGACAAUUCCCAAGAUGUACGUAAUGAUAAAAAAGAUUCUACAAAAGAAAAAGGUACUGACUCGAAGGAUGAGGAGACAAAGACUGGAUCGAAGAAAUUUGCACAUCCUAAACUGAUGACAAAUGGCGUGCGAAAUAAAUCACUAAAGGAAUUAUUGGGUUCCAGCGAAGAAGAUGAAGCAAAAAAGAAAUUCCCUAAUGUCCCUGUGGUGAUAGAUCCAAAACUAACUAAAAUUUUGAGACCCCAUCAAGUAGAAGGUGUUAAGUUUCUUUACCGUUGUGUAACAGGUUUGGUAAUGAAGGACUUUUUAGAUGCAGAAGCAGUAAAUACUGGGAUAGUAAAGACAGAACAAAAUAACAGAGGUGCUUAUGGUUGUAUUAUGGCAGAUGAGAUGGGGUUAGGUAAAACAUUACAAUGUAUAGCAUUGAUGUGGACGUUAUUGAGGCAGGGACCUCAGGGUAAACGUUUGAUCGAUAAAUGUAUUAUUGUAUGCCCUUCCUCUCUAGUUAAUAACUGGGCCAAUGAACUUGUAAAAUGGUUGGGACCCGGAACCUUAUCGCCAUUGGCUGUAGAUGGUAAGAAAUCCUCUUUAGCCAGUGGUAAUUCUACAGUUGCUGAGGCAGUGCACUCAUGGGCCCAGGCAACGGGUAGAAAUAUAGUGAAACCAGUACUUAUCAUAUCGUAUGAGACGCUAAGAAGAAAUGUCGACCAACUAAGAAAUUGUGAUGUAGGCCUAAUGCUGGCAGAUGAAGGGCAUAGAUUAAAGAAUGGUGACUCGCUAACUUUCACAGCAUUAGACAGUAUAAAUUGUCCAAGAAGGGUUAUUUUAUCUGGUACACCUAUUCAAAAUGAUCUUUCCGAGUAUUUUGCUUUGUUGAAUUUUUCCAAUCCUGGUUUAUUAGGUACUCGAAGUGAAUUUAGAAAAAACUUUGAGCUUCCCAUUUUGAGAAGUCGAGAUGCCGAUUCCACAGAUGAAGAAAUUACUAAAGGUGAAGAACAAUUACAAAAAUUGUCCACUAUUGUAUCCAAGUUUAUUAUUAGACGUACCAAUGACAUUUUGUCGAAAUAUUUACCUUGUAAAUAUGAGCACGUUAUUUUCGUCAAUCUUAAACCAUUCCAGAAGGAUGUUUACCAUCGUUUACUUAAAUCCAGAGAUGUUAACAAAAUGGUCAAGGGAGUUGGAGGUACACAACCUUUAAAGGCUAUUGGUGUUUUGAAGAAGCUCUGUAAUCAUCCAAAUCUAAUAAACUUAGACGAAGAGAUUGAUGAUUUUGAUGAUCUUGAAAUACCAGAUGAGUAUAAUAUGCAAGGUAGUAAGAGCAGAGAUGUUCAACCACAGUUUUCAGGUAAAUUUGCCAUUUUAGAAAGGUUCUUACACAAAAUCAAAACAGAAUCUGAUGAUAAAAUUGUUUUGAUUUCCAAUUAUACUCAAACAUUGGAUCUGAUAGAGAAGAUGUGUAGGAAUAAGCAUUAUAGUUCUGUGAGAUUAGAUGGUACUAUGACAAUUAACAAGAGACAAAAACUUGUUGAUCGAUUUAAUGACCCUGAAGGGCAGGAAUUCAUUUUCUUAUUAAGUUCAAAGGCCGGUGGGUGUGGUAUUAAUUUAAUCGGUGCUAAUAGAUUAAUUCUAAUGGAUCCCGACUGGAACCCUGCAGCCGAUCAGCAAGCUUUGGCACGUGUGUGGAGAGAUGGACAAAAAAAGGAUUGUUUCAUUUAUAGAUUUAUCUCCACAGGUUCCAUUGAAGAAAAAAUAUACCAAAGACAAUCAAUGAAGAUGAGUUUAAGUUCAUGUGUGGUGGAUGCGAAAGAGGACGUGGAAAGAUUAUUUAGUUCAGAUAAUUUGAGGCAAUUGUUUCAGUAUAAUGAUAAAACAAUUUGUGAGACGCACGAAACAUAUCACUGUAAAAGAUGCAAUGCUGCUGGUAAGCAGUCUGUAAGAUCAACGGCAAUGUUGUACGGGGACCCAACAACAUGGAAUCAUUUAAAUCAUGCAGCACUGGAGAAAACAAACGAUCAUCUUCUACAAAACGAAUUCCAGCACCCGGAUAUCAGUUACGCAUUCCAGUACAUUUCCCAUUGA